UCAUACCUAACCGUGUUUCGUGGAAAAAAUGUAAUUACGCUCCGACAAAAACAAGAAUUUUGCCGCGUAAACAUUGGAGAGCAAUGGAUAUGGAGAUGGAAUCCGACAACAGCGACGACGAGGGCUCGAUUGGCAAUGGAUUGGACUUGACCGGCAUUCUUUUCGGAAACAUCGACUCGGAGGGCAGAUUGCUAGAUGAUGAUGGCGAGGGACGCGGGGGCACCGGAUUCGAUGCGGAGCUCCGGGAGAACAUUGGAUCCCUAUCCAAAUUGGGUCUGGACUCAAUGCUGCUCGAAGUAAUAGACCGCAAGGAGGCCGAGCCCUUGUCCGAGGACGACGACGAGGAAAAGUCUGAGGCUAGUGCCAGUGGAGGACUGAGUGUUUUCGAUGCUCUAAAGGCUGGCGUAAAAAGUGACGAAAAGGAGGAUGGUGCCGUAAGAGCUCAGGACGAUGCCAUAGAUUAUUCGGAUAUUACUGAGUUAUCCGAGGAUUGUCCUCGCACUCCGCCGGAAGAAUCAACGCCCUACGAUGACUUAGAAGACGCCAUUCCCGCUUCCAAGGUGGAGGCCAAGCUGACCAAGGACGACAAGGAACUGAUGCCUCCACCUAGUGCUCCCAUGCGAUCGGGCUCUGGCAGCGGCACUGAUGAGCCGGCCAAACCAAACGAGGGCUCCAGUCCCGGCGGCGACUCCAAGUCCGCCGAUGCCAAAGAUGCGGAUCGCAAACUGGACACACCGCUGGCCGAUAUUCUGCCCUCCAAGUACCAGAACGUGGAUGUGCGCGAGCUCUUUCCCGACUUUCGCCCCCAAAAGGUGCUACGCUUUUCGCGUCUCUUUGGACCGGGUAAGCCCACUAGUCUGCCCCAGAUCUGGCGACACGUGCGCAAACGCCGCCGGAAGCGCAAUCAGUCCAGAGAUCAGAAGCUGACCAACACUGGUGGCUCCGAUUCCCCUAGCGACACUGAGGAGCCUCGAAAGAGAGGCUUCAGUCUGCACUAUGCAUCAGAGCCAACGCCGGCGGAGUGCAUGUCUGACGACGAAGACAAACUGCUGGGCGACUUCAAUAGCGAGGACGUGCGGCCGGAGGGACCGGAAAACGGAGAGAACAGUGACCAAAAGCCCAAGGUGGCUGACUGGCGUUACGGGCCAGCACAAAUUUGGUACGACAUGUUGGAGGUGCCUGACUCCGGCGAGGGAUUCAACUACGGAUUCAAGACAAAGACGGCAACGUCCUCGUCUCAGCCUCAGACCAAGGAUGAGCGGCGUGUUAACAGUCCAGAGGAAGAGACCGAGGAGCCAAGCAUUGCGGACGACGCCUUUCUAAUGGUCUCACAGCUUCACUGGGAGGACGACGUGGUCUGGGAUGGCAACGACAUCAAGGCCAAGGUGCUACAAAAGCUCAAUUCAAAGACAAAUGCAGCUGGAUGGCUGCCCUCCAGCGGAUCGAGAACUGCUGGCGCCUUCAGUCAGCCGGGAAAGACGUCUCUGCCGGUGGGAAACAGCAGUGGUAGCUCCAAGCAGGGCUCAGCGGCAUCCAGCAAAAAGGCACAGCAAAAUGCUCAAGCAAAGCCAGCGGAGGCACCCGAUGACACCUGGUACAGUCUGUUCCCGGUGGAGAACGAGGAGCUAAUAUACCACAAGUGGGAGGACGAGGUGAUAUGGGAUGCACAGCAAAUGAGCAAGGUGCCCAAGCCGAAGGUACUCACUUUGGAUCCCAACGACGAAAACAUCAUCCUGGGCAUACCCGACGACAUCGAUCCCUCUAAAAUCAACAAGAGCACGGGUCCUCCGCCAAAGAUCAAAAUACCGCAUCCCCACGUAAAGAAGUCCAAAAUUCUAUUGGGUAAGGCUGGCGUAAUCAAUGUGCUGGCUGAGGACACGCCGCCGCCGCCACCCAAAAGUCCUGACCGAGACCCUUUUAACAUAUCUAAUGACACUUACUAUACACCCAAGACAGAACCGACUUUGCGCCUUAAGGUGGGUGGUGGAAAUCUCAUUCAGCACUCGACUCCGGUGGUAGAGCUGCGGGCUCCCUUCGUGCCUACGCACAUGGGCCCGAUGAAGCUCCGCUCUUUCCAUCGCCCCCCACUCAAGAAGUACUCGCACGGACCGAUGGCCCAGGUUUCGCCGCAUCCCGUCUUCCCACUGUUAAAGACCAUCGCAAAAAAGGCCAAGCAGCGAGAGGUGGAGCGCAUCGCCUCUGGUGGCGGAGACGUCUUUUUUAUGCGCAACCCGGAGGAUCUGAGCGGCAGGGACGGAGACAUCGUGUUGGCCGAAUUCUGUGAGGAGCACCCGCCGCUGAUGAACCAGGUGGGCAUGUGCUCCAAGAUCAAGAACUACUACAAGCGCAAGGCGGAGAAGGACAGUGGCCCUCAGGAUUAUGUCUACGGAGAGGUCGCCUUUGCACACACUAGUCCCUUCCUGGGUAUACUGCAUCCUGGCCAAUGCAUCCAGGCUAUUGAGAACAACAUGUACCGUGCGCCGAUUUAUCCGCACAAGAUGGCACAUAACGAUUUCCUGGUUAUUCGCACCCGAAACAGCUACUGGAUCCGAUCUGUGAACUCCAUCUUCACAGUCGGCCAGGAGUGUCCGCUGUACGAAGUUCCGGGUCCGAACUCCAAGCGCGCUAACAACUUUACUCGCGACUUUCUGCAGGUCUUUAUUUAUCGCUUGUUCUGGAAGAGUCGCGACAAUCCUCGCCGCAUUCGGAUGGACGACAUAAAACAAGCGUUUCCCGCCCAUUCCGAGAGCAGCAUCCGCAAGCGCUUGAAGCAGUGCGCUGACUUUAAGCGCACGGGCAUGGACUCCAAUUGGUGGGUAAUUAAGCCGGAGUUUCGACUUCCCUCUGAGGAGGAGAUCCGUGCCAUGGUCUCACCUGAGCAGUGCUGUGCUUACUUCAGCAUGAUCGCGGCAGAACAGCGAUUGAAGGAUGCAGGCUACGGGGAGAAGUUUUUGUUCGCCCCUCAGGAAGAUGACGACGAAGAAGCGCAACUGAAACUUGAUGACGAAGUGAAGGUUGCUCCCUGGAACACGACUCGUGCAUAUAUCCAGGCCAUGCGUGGAAAGUGUUUGCUCCAGCUGAGUGGUCCUGCUGAUCCCACGGGUUGUGGUGAAGGAUUCUCCUACGUUCGAGUGCCAAAUAAGCCCACGCAAACCAAGGAGGAACAGGAGUCGCAGCCAAAGCGGUCAGUUACCGGAACGGAUGCAGAUCUGCGUCGAUUGCCACUCCAGCGUGCAAAGGAGCUUCUACGACAGUUCAAAGUGCCUGAGGAGGAGAUUAAAAAGCUUUCCCGCUGGGAGGUUAUUGACGUGGUGCGCACCUUGUCCACGGAGAAAGCCAAGGCCGGCGAGGAGGGAAUGGAUAAGUUCUCCCGCGGCAAUCGGUUCUCUAUUGCUGAGCACCAGGAGCGUUAUAAGGAAGAGUGCCAACGCAUUUUCGAUCUCCAGAACCGAGUUCUCGCCAGCUCGGAGGUGCUAUCCACCGACGAGGCAGAGUCGUCGGCUUCCGAGGAAUCUGACCUCGAAGAACUUGGCAAGAACUUGGAGAACAUGUUGUCCAACAAGAAGACCUCCACCCAGCUGUCAAGAGAACGCGAAGAGCUAGAGCGCCAGGAGUUGCUCCGUCAGCUGGACGAAGAGCACGGCGGGCCAAGUGGUAGUGGAGGCGCAAAGGGAGCUAAGGGCAAGGAAGAGGCCGGUCAGCAGUUGCUGGCCACCAGCAAUCAAGGUCGCAUUCUUCGCAUCACGCGUACCUUCAGAGGAAACGAUGGCAAGGAGUAUACCCGCGUGGAAACUGUGCGGCGGCAGCCGGUGAUCGAUGCCUACAUCAAGAUACGCACCACUAAGGAUGAGCAGUUCAUCAAGCAGUUCGCCACGCUAGACGAGCAGCAGAAGGAGGAGAUGAAGCGCGAGAAGAGGCGCAUCCAGGAGCAGUUGCGACGUAUUAAGCGCAACCAGGAGCGCGAGCGCCUAGCGCAGCUGGCCCAAAACCAAAAGCUGCAGCCAGGAGGCAUGCCCACUUCCUUGGGCGAUCCCAAGAGCUCGGGCGGACACUCGCACAAGGAGCGGGAUAGUGGCUAUAAGGAGGUUAGUCCUUCACGCAAGAAGUUCAAGCUGAAGCCGGACCUGAAGCUCAAGUGCGGCGCCUGUGGGCAGGUUGGACACAUGCGCACGAACAAGGCCUGUCCUUUGUACACGGGUAUGCAAAGCAGUUUGUCCCAGUCGAAUCCUUCUCUGGCCGACGAUUUGGACGAGCAGAGCGAAAAGGAGAUGGCCAUGGAUGACGACGAUCUGGUGAAUGUCGAUGGAACCAAGGUGACGCUGAGCAGCAAGGUGCUCAAACGGCAUGGUGUCGAUGACGGCAAGCGACGCAGUGGCUCAAGCUCGGGUCUCACAUUAAAGGUUCCCCGAGAUGCGAUGGGCAAAAAGAAACGCAGAGUGGGUGGCGAUCUCCACUGCGACUACCUACAGCGGCACAACAAGACGGCCAACAGAAGGCGCACGGAUCCCGUGGUAGUGCUGUCCUCCAUCCUGGAGAUCAUCCACAACGAAUUGCGUUCUAUGCCGGAUGUAACUCCGUUCCUGUUCCCGGUGAAUGCUAAAAAAGUGCCGGACUACUACCGCGUGGUUACCAAGCCCAUGGACCUGCAGACGAUGAGGGAGUAUAUUCGUCAGAGGCGCUACACAAGUCGCGAGAUGUUUCUAGAAGAUCUCAAGCAGAUUGUAGACAACUCGAUCAUCUAUAACGGACAACAAAGUGCAUACACUUUGGCCGCCCAACGCAUGUUCAGCAGCUGCUACGAGCUGCUCGCCGAGCGAGAGGAUAAGCUGAUGCGCCUCGAAAAGGCCAUAAACCCGCUCCUGGACGACGACGAUCAAGUGGCUCUCUCCUUUAUCUUCGACAAGCUGCACGCGCAGGUUAAACAAUUGACCGAAAGCUGGCCUUUCCUCAAGCCGGUCAACAAGAAACAGGUUAAAGACUACUACACGGUCAUUAAACGACCAAUGGACCUCGAAACUAUUGGCAAGAACAUUGAAAGUCAUCGCUAUCACAGUCGAGCCGAGUAUCUGGCUGACAUCGAGCUGAUUGCCACCAAUUGUGAACAAUACAAUGGCAGCGAUACCCGUUAUACCAAGUUUGCCAAGAAGAUACUGCACUACGCGCAAACCCAGUUAGAGGUGUUCGCGGAGCACUGUGCCCAGUUAGAGAAUAACAUAUCCAAGACCCAGGAGCGUGCUAGAGAGAAUGCGCCAGAGUUCGAAGAAGCCUGGGGCAACGAUGACUACAACUUUGACCGCGGCAGCCGUGCUAGCUCUCCAGGGGACGACUACAUCGAUGUGGAGGGCCAUGGGUUGCACGCUUCGUCAUCGAAUUCUAUCCAUCGCAGCAUGGGAGCUGAGAUGAGUGCGUCUCAUACCGCGCCGUCAUUGCGGAAAUCUGUACCUCCUGGACCUGGUGAAGUGAAGCGCGGAAGGGGCAGACCCCGCAAGCAGCGCGAUCCCGUGGAGGAGGUCAAAUCCCAGAAUCCGGUUAAGCGUGGUCGGGGGCGUCCGAGGAAGGACAGCCUUGCCUCAAACAUGAGUCAGACGCAAGCUUACUUCCUGGAUGAAGACCUGCAAUGCUCGACGGAUGACGAGGAUGAUGACGAGGAGGAGGACUUCCAAGAGGUCUCCGAAGACGAGAACAAUGCGGCCAGCAUUUUGGAUCAGGGCGAACGCAUUCACGCACCUGCCGAAGCCAUGGAUGGCAUGUUCGAUCCCAAAAACAUUAAGACGGAGAUCGACAUCGAGGCCCAGCAAAUUGCAGAGGAGCCAAUCGGCGAAGAUGACAGCCAGCAGGUGGCCGAAGCAAUGGUGCAAUUAAGUAGCGUGGGCGCUGGCUACUAUGCUCAACAGCAGCAAGAUGAGUCCAUGGAUGUGGACCCCAACUACGAUCCCUCUGACUUCCUGGCCAUGCACAAGCCUCGCCAGAAUCUCGGCGAGCCCAGCAGCCUGCAGGGCGCCUUUACCAAUUUCCUCUCCCAUGCUCAAGAUGACAAUGGGUCGUACAAUACCGCCGAAGCCAGCACAAGUGCCGCUUCAGCUAUGGGAAUGAGUCUUCCGUCCCAGGAGGAUGAUUCCCUCGCCCUGCAAAUGCCGUCGGAAAUGCCUACCAACACGAUGAACAACGGCAUGGGCAUCGACGAUGAUCUGGACAUUUCGGAGAGCGACGAGGAGGACGAUGGUUCCCGAGUGCGCAUCAAAAAGGAGGUGUUUGACGACGGAGACUACGGCUUGCAGCAUCACCAGCAGAUGGGACAGCAAUCGCAAUCGCAGAUCUACCUCGUGGAUUCGUCCAACGAGCCCACAAACUUAGACUACCAGCAGCCACCGCAGCUGGACUUCCAGCAGGGAAUGGAGCAGUUGCAACACCAAGUGAUGCAACAGCAGAUGCCCCCACUGCAACCAGAGCAACUGCAGCAGCAGACGCCGCAAGGAGACAAUGAUUAUGCCUGGACUUUCUAGUGAUUAAAUAUCAUUGUUAGUUGUAAGAACCAAAAAAAUACUUUUUUGUUGCUCCUGAACGUUUACCACUUUGUGUUUACAUGUUCAUUAAGCUUGACUUUAAAAUCCAUUAAAACUGCUAUAUGUUCUAUAACUUCUUUAAAA